AAGUCAUUGCAUGAUAUUUGAUUUAUUAGACUCAAAAAUAUACAUGGCUCUGAAUGAAGUGCCUGCCUUAGUGGGCAUGGAGGGGGCCUGGCCCGUACUGUUCCGUGCGUCGGGCAUUCUGGGUUUCGUCCUGCUCAGAAGGCGUCCUCCGGGCAAUUAUGAGGCCUCCUGGCCGAGGCUGCUUCCCAUGACGGCCAUCGUGGCCUCCAUGGGCUGGCACCUCUUCACUUUCCCUUACUCCUUCACGGACAUCGCCUACGAUGCAUUUGCAGAUAUUGCUUGCUAUAGUCUGAAUGCCAUCUGCAUCGCUCAUGCCUUUGGAGUGGCAGUCUACAGGAGGAGAGAGACACAUCAACUCCUUCGGGGUUUGGAAGGAACGCAGGAGCCUGCGAAGACCUGGGUGUCCAUCGUAGGGAGCCUCGCCGUCUUCCUGUUCAUCGCUCUUUACUUCGAGAUAAAUUUUCUCAUUGGAUCCUGGAACAGUGGUAACAUAUUCAACUGGGUGUGCAUGACCCUCAUUUGUCCUGUGUUACCGGUGCUUCUUGUACUGUACCUCGCGAGCCUGAUCCACGCCCUCAUUCAAGUGUACAAGAGAACGGCUGAGGAACUGGGGCGAGUGUGUAAAGGAAGCUCAUGGACAGCUUCAGACUUCCGGCUGAACAAAGUGCUCCCCGAGCCGCAGGAACCUGAGUCUAACUUUAGUUUACAAUCCGUAGGUUCUAUCAUUCCAAGUAUUACAUAACUCAUUCAGCAUCAGAAACUUUUCUCUAGAACAUAGUUAUUUUUCAUUUGAAGUUUCUUCUGUUAACAAUGUAUGGAUUUAAACUUAAGACUAACAGCCUAUUCAACUUUGAUAUAUUUGCAGAUAUGUCACUUUAGGAGUCCCGUCUUUGGUCUUAACGGGGUGGCUUCGCUUGUGAAACACUGUAAGAAGCUGUCUCAUCUUGUUAACUUGUAUAACCAGAUCUUCUCCAGCCUGGUAGCCCUGACCUUCCUGGCGUUCCUGGCCACACUUUUCAACAGCAUCUAUUACGUGAUCAUCAGCUUUGGCAACUGGGCCAUGUUCUACGGCGGGGGCCUUUCAUACGUGGCCACGGUGAUUUGCCUCUUUUACUUGCUUUGCGAGCGGGCCGAUGCGCUCAGGAGGGCUCACGGCAUGGUAGAGGACGCAAUUCUCGACCUCCAGCACCACCCCGACACGGUUACCGAUGACAUGAACCGCCUCCUCAGCCUCUCACUCCACCUCAAGAACAAUCCUGCCUACAUCUCCGUCGGGGGCGUGAGCGGCCUUGGCCUGAGCACUCUGGUCGCGAUGGUGAACGUGGCACUGACUUAUACCGCCAUUUUGUUCCAGUACCGUCCCGCUUCGAGGAAAGAUCAGUAAUUAUUUCUCGAGGAAAGAUCAGUAAUUCUUUCCAGAAUUUGAUUAUUUUUCCUCCUCUCUUCAUCUGCUUAUUAUUAUUUUUUUUUUCUAUCGUUCUUUCCUUAAAGUUCAACUAGAUGAAAUUCCAAUCCACUGUUGUAGCAGCAAGUGAUGAAAGAGCAACUAAUACAAUUUAAAAUCAACUGAAAAGCAUAUAAAAGCCCCAUCUGCACGCACGGAUAGUGUCGUGAAAGCGUGGCUUCGGCAACACCCCGAGAUUUCGCUGUGCCACCUCUACCAUAUCGCAAAUCUCAAUAAAUAAGUAUUAAUAUAUUUUUAUCGCGAACAUACAUACGAGUUAAAUGUUAAAUCUUUUCUUUUCUUUUACGCCAUUUAGUUAUCGCAUGCUGUAGCAAAUUUAAUCAUACCUCACACACAGGCAUUAAAUAAAUUGUAAACU